CCUCCUCUUGCUCCCCAGGCGCACACUGGUGGACCUGUACAUUGCUGGGGUCUUUAUUUUUGUAUUUUAGCUCUAUUUUACAUAGAUAUAGAGAGAUAUAUCCCCGCACCCUGAAAUAUGCCUGCGCAACUCCCAAGCCAGCCAUGUCAGACGCUGCUGUGGAUACCAGCUCUGAGAUCUCCACCAAGGACUUGAAAGAGGAGGAGGAAAUUGUGGAAGAGCCAGAAAAUGGCAGAGAUGCCCCCGAGAACGAGGGAAAUGGGGAGCAGAAAGCAGACAAUGUAGUAGAUGAGGAAGAAGAAGAAGAAGUUGGCGAGGACGAGGAAGAAGGUGAAGAAGAUGGCAAUGAGGCUGAGGGACCCACAGGGAAGCAGGCAGCUGAGGAUGAUGACAGCGAUUCCAAGAAGCAGAAAACCAAUGGAGACAAUUAGGAGGCAGAGUAAAUUUAAAAAACACACAUUUUUAAA